CACCCCUGCAGGGCAGGGGCCGGCCACGGCUGGCGUCGGCGGGGCGUGGAGAAACCGCGGCGGCGGCCGCAUCCUUGCCGCCUGCCCCGGCCGGGCCGUGUCCCGGAGCCGUCGGGCAUGGAGCCGUGGAAGCAGUGCGCGCAGUGGCUCAUCCACUGCAAGGUGCUGCCCGCCAACCACCGUGUGACCUGGGACUCGGCGCAGGUGUUCGACCUGGCGCAGACCCUCCGCGAUGGAGUCCUGCUCUGCCAGCUGCUCAACAAUCUCCGGGCGCACUCCAUCAACCUGAAGGAGAUCAACCUGAGGCCGCAGAUGUCUCAGUUUCUCUGUUUGAAGAACAUAAGGACAUUCCUCACGGCCUGUUGCGAGACCUUUGGAAUGAGAAAGAGUGAACUCUUUGAAGCAUUUGACCUGUUUGAUGUUCGUGACUUUGGAAAGGUUAUAGAAACACUAUCACGACUUUCUCGCACACCAAUAGCACUGGCCACAGGAAUCAGGCCCUUCCCAACUGAAGAGAGCAUUAGUGAUGAAGACAUCUACAAAGGCCUUCCUGAUUUGAUAGAUGAAACGCACGUGGAGGAUGAAGAAGGUCUCUACGACUGUGUUUAUGGGGAAGAUGAAGGUGGAGAAGUCUACGAGGACUUAAUGAAAGCAGAGGAAGCACAUCAACCUAAAUGUCCAGAAAAUGAUGUACGAAGUUGCUGCCUAGCAGAAAUUAAGCAGACAGAAGAAAAAUACACAGAAACAUUGGAGUCAAUAGAAAAAUAUUUCAUGGCACCACUAAAAAGAUUUCUGACAGCAGCAGAAUUUGAUUCAGUAUUCAUCAACAUUCCUGAACUUGUAAAAGUUCAUCGGAACCUAAUGCAAGAGAUUCAUGAUUCCAUUGUAAAUAAAAAUGACCAGAACUUGUAUCAAGUUUUUAUUAACUACAAGGAAAGGUUGGUUAUCUAUGGGCAGUACUGCAGUGGAGUGGAGUUGGCCAUCUCUAGUUUAGACAAUAUUUCUAAGACAAAAGAAGAUGUAAAACUGAAAUUAGAGGAAUGUUCCAAAAGAGCAAAUAAUGGAAAAUUUACUCUUCGAGAUUUGCUUGUGGUUCCUAUGCAACGUGUUUUAAAGUAUCACCUUCUCCUCCAGGAAUUGGUCAAGCAUACUACUGAUCCUACUGAGAAGGCAAAUCUGAAACUGGCUCUUGAUGCAAUGAAGGACUUGGCACAAUAUGUGAAUGAAGUGAAAAGAGAUAAUGAGACCCUUCGUGAGAUUAAACAGUUUCAGCUCUCUAUAGAAAAUCUGAACCAACCAGUUUUGCUUUUUGGACGACCUCAGGGAGAUGGUGAAAUUCGGAUAACUACUCUAGACAAGCACACGAAACAAGAAAGGCAUAUCUUCUUAUUUGAUUUGGCAGUGAUUGUAUGUAAAAGGAAAGGCGAUAACUAUGAAAUGAAGGAAAUAAUAGAUCUUCAGCAGUACAAAAUAGCCAACAAUCCUACAACUGAUAAAGAAAAUAAAAAGUGGUCUUAUGGCUUCUACCUCAUCCAUACCCAAGGACAAAAUGGAUUAGAAUUUUAUUGCAAAACAAAAGAUUUAAAGAAAAAAUGGCUGGAACAGUUUGAAAUGGCUUUAUCGAACAUAAGGCCAGACUACGCAGACUCCAAUUUCCAUGAGUUCAAGAUGCACACCUUCAAUCGGGUUACAUCCUGCAAAGUCUGCCAGAUGCUCCUGAGAGGAACAUUUUAUCAAGGCUAUUUAUGUUUUAAGUGUGGCGCAAGAGCACACAAAGAAUGCUUGGGAAGAGUAGACAAUUGUGGCAGAGUUAAUUCUGCUGAAUCAGGGACGCUCAAACCACCCGAGAAACGGACCAAUGGACUCCGAAGAAGCCCCAGACAGGUGGAUCCAGGCUUACCAAAGAUGCAGGCCAUUAAGAACUAUACAGGAGUACCGCUCCCAGCUCUUCAUGAAGGACCCCCACUGCAUAUCCAGGCAGGGGAUAUAGUCGAACUUCUGAGAGGAGAUGCCCACAGUCUGUUCUGGCAGGGUAGAAAUUUAGCAUCUGGAGAAGUUGGAUUUUUUCCAAGUGAUGCUGUUAAGCCUUGCCCAUGUGUGCCCAAACCUGUAGAUUAUUCUUGCCAACCCUGGUAUGCUGGAGCAAUGGAAAGAUUGCAGGCAGAAACUGAACUUAUUAAUAGGGUAAAUAGUACUUACCUUGUGAGGCACAGGACCAAAGAGUCAGGAGAAUAUGCAAUUAGCAUUAAGUACAAUAAUGAAGCCAAGCACAUCAAGAUUUUAACAAGAGAUGGCUUUUUUCACAUUGCAGAAAAUAGAAAAUUUAAAAGUUUAAUGGAACUUGUGGAGUACUACAAGCAUCAUUCUCUUAAAGAAGGUUUCAGAACCUUGGAUACGACCUUACAGUUUCCAUACAAGGAGCCCGAACAUUCAGCUGGACAGAGGGGUAAUAGAGCAGGCAACAGCUCCCCUUCUUUGUUCUGUGGGUUUUCUUUUGUAACUCCUCCAGACUACAGCUUUGUUCCCCCUUCUUCCACUCCUUUCUGGUCAGUGCUAAGUCCGAAAGUGCUGGGCAUUGCCAUUGCGCGGUAUGACUUCUGUGCCAGAGACAUGCGAGAGUUGUCCUUGCUGAAGGGAGAUGUGGUGAAGAUUUACACGAAGAUGAGUGCGAAUGGCUGGUGGAGAGGAGAAGUCAACGGCAGGGUGGGCUGGUUUCCAUCCACGUACGUGGAAGAGGAUGAAUAAAUUGCACUCCAGCGUCACACCUGGCACCAGAAAUCUCAGAGAAGGGAUACGUAGAAGCCUGCACAGCGUUGUGAAUUGACUAAGGUGUUUAAAAAGCCACAUUUCUGGCUAUUCAACCUCCUCUCUCCUCUUCCCCUCCUAAGUCUUAAUGCUGGGAUUUCUAAAGAUGCUGGUACUGACAGAUUAAUGGCUUGCCUCGAGCUGUGCAAGAAACAGCCUGCCAGUCUGUCGUUGUCGGGGACCAGGGCAGAGCCCAAAGCUUCUUUUCCC